CAGAAGGCUACCAGCAAUUGGUGCUUUCAUUUCGCCCUAAGUAAAGAAUAACAUCUCUAGCUUGCACAUCGAUUGAUUGAACGAAAUAAAGUGGAAGUGAUCGAGACGUGAUAAAAUUUGCUAAAAGGUGUUCCAUUCCAGUGCCAUUUGCCAACGACAUUAUCAUGAAGUGUGCUCUAAUAGUGCUGUUUGCCCUUGUGGCCGUUGCCACUGUCAGUGCUAAACAAGGCUAUGGUCCCGGCGAACAGGAUUGGGGCUGGGUGGAUGUACGCACUGGUGCCCACAUGUUCUAUUGGUUGUACUACACCACUGCCGAUGUGGAGCAUUAUACCCAACGUCCUUUGGCUAUUUGGUUGCAAGGUGGUCCUGGUGCCUCCUCUACCGGUUAUGGUAAUUUCGAAGAAUUGGGUCCUCUGGAUCUUUAUGGAGAAUAUCGUAACUGGACUUGGGUCAAGGACAUGAAUGUCUUGUUCAUCGACAACCCCGUGGGCAGUGGCUUCUCCUAUGUCGACAAUAUCUUACAAUUGCCCACUACCAACAAUGGAAUUGCCAAAGAUCUCGUUUCGUUCAUGAAAGGCUUUUACAAAUUGCAUCCUGAGUUCGAAGAUGUGCCUUUGCAUAUUUUCUGUGAAAGUUAUGGUGGAAAAAUGUCUCCAGAAUUUGCCUUGGAAUUGUACUAUGCCGUACAACGUAAGGAAUUAAAAUCUAAUUUGAAAUCUGUGGCCUUGGGAGAUCCUUGGACAUCGCCCAUUGACUCGGUUUUGGCUUGGGCUCCUUUGCUAUUGAAUAUGGGCAUUGUUGAUGAUGAUGGUUACGAGAAUAUCAUGGUAGCUGCCAAUAAGACUGCAGAACUUGUUGCCGAGGAGAAAUGGACCCAGGCUACUAUGCAAUGGAGUGCAACCCAAACUGUUUUGUUGAGAGAGUCAAAGGGUGUUGAUUUCUAUAACAUUGAAAAGCCCACUCGUGGUGAUGCCUACACCCGCAUGCUGUUGAGAAAGAACAACUAUCUGGAGCAAAUGUAUCGCACCCUUGUUCGCUUCGAUAUUGACGAAAAUCGCGACAAAAUGUUGGAUGAUCUCAUGCGUGGACCGGUUACUGAAGCCUUAGGCAUUCCCUCACAUGUUAAAUGGGGUUCUCAAAGUGGCAGCACUUUCACCCGCCUCAUGGGUGACUUUAUGAAGCCUGUUAUUCAUGUUGUGAAUGAACUUUUGGACAACACCGAUUUACAAGUAUCCGUCUACUCUGGCCAUUUGGAUUUGAUUUGCGCUACUGCUGGUACCGUUAAUUGGAUUGAAAAAAUGCGUUGGAGCUAUCGCGAUGAAUAUCUGAAAGCCCCUCGUUUGGGUGUUAGUGUUGAUCGCAUUUUGGAAGGCUAUGAAAAGAGUGCCGGUAAUUUCUCAAUGAUCUGGGUUAAUCGUGCUGGCCAUAUGGUACCUGCAGACAAUCCAGCUGGCAUGAGCUACAUUCUUAAGAAGUUGACUAACUAUGGUUAAAUAUAAAUA